AUGACUGGAAUGUGGGCGAUUGAUAGUGGUGCUACUCACCAUAUCUGCAACGAUAAGACCAAGUUUACACUACUGAAUGAGCGUGAAGAAGGCGAGUUAUCGGUUGCGGAUGGCAAUAAAGCCAAAAUCAAGGGUGUGGGAACCAUUAUUGAACGAGUGGUUCUGCCCAACGGCAAAGAGCGCGAGAUUGAGAUCAAGGACGCGCUGUACGUGCCAAAGACGAACAAGAACUUGUUGUCAGUGCCGCAGAUCAACAAGAAUGGCUUACUUCAAGUGACGUUUGACGACUUGCGUAUGCACAUUGCGCACAAAGAUUCUCGACAAGUGGUGGCAACUGCUGACCUUGUGGAUGGGCUCUAUUGGCUUCGUACUUCACAGUAUUCUGCCAACUCAGCGACACCAACACACAGCGUUGAUUUGCAUGCGAGAAUGGGGCAUGCUCCAGUCAAUGUCCUUCGCAAGAUGGUCAGCAGUGGAAUGAUCAAGGACGCAAAAAUGCCCACAGAAUCAAGCCUUCAGAUGUGUCGCGGAUGUCAACAAGGUAAAAUGGCCCGAAAACCAUUUCCAAGCAAUCGUGACAAGCGGCGUUAUGAUACGUUUGAGCUCUUACAUCUUGACAUCUGUGGUCCAAUGAAACAAACAUCUUUGGGUGGUGGCAGAUACUUGCUUCAUAUUGUUGACGAAGCCAGCGGAUUCAUGAAGGGCUAUUGUCUUGGCGCUAAGUCUGACUCGGAAGAAGCGAUUACACGCUACAUUAUCAAGGUUCAGACGCAAUUUGGAAAACAAGUCAAGUUUAUACGACACGACGGAGCCCAAGAAUUUGCAACGCAAUCGCUUAAGACAUUCUACGAGGAUCAACACACCAAGCAAAUGGCACGGCAGAGCGCGCCAUCACAACAAUCGUGA